AUGUUGGAUCAAUUGCGCUCUUACUAUAGCUUCCUCAAACCCCAAAGCGGCGUAUAUCAGUAUAUGCCCUUCAAUAAUGCUCCCACCAACCGCUCACGCACUCGCAUUGCACUGAUAACGGGCGCAUACAUCAUUGCUGCACUCUCGGUGUCCGCACUCUUCGUCCAUCCUGUGGAGAAAGCAAGACAAUAUGGCACAUUCCAGCCUACCGACACAUCUAGCCAUGGCAGCAUACCAAGCAUAGUGCACUAUGUUCAAAUAAAAAAGGACGAAAAAUCUGUCCUCAAGUUCCCUUUCUCCAGCUUCUUAAACAUCUGCGCCGCAGUCCUCUACAUCAAACCCGAACGCAUCUACAUCCACACCGACUUCACCCCCUCUGAGAUCAGUGAAGCCGGCGAAAAAGGCGACAGAUGGACAAAAUCCGUCAUCAACACCUUUGCUGACCUCGUAAUCUGGAACCAACACAUUAACGCCAUCCAGCACAAGUCCGACUUUCUACGCUGGGAAGCCGUCGAGAAAACUGGAGGCAUCUACAUGGACUGGGACGUCUUCCCUCUACGCCCUCUAACUCCCCUUCUAACUACCGGCUUCGCCUUCAUCGGCGGCCGCCACUACGGCGGCGCCGGCGAACAUAGCGGCAUAAACGGUACAAUCAACAACGGCGUCUUCAUGACCAAACCCAACAGCACCAUGGCGCGCAUCGUCGUCCGCGAGCAACACGCGGGCUUCAACGGCGAAUGGGCCGCAAACCUCCAAAGCAUGACCAACGUCGCCGAGCGCCUCGUGCCCAUCCCCUACGAAGUCUUGAUCCUCGACCGCACUGCCUUUGCCCCAACCCAUUGGUUCCGAGAUAGUACCGAUCCGCUGUUUCAACCCAAUGACGAUAAGCCGGCGUCCCCGGUACCUGAACGCACAAAUUCCACAGGUCCGAUGGAGAUUUAUGAAGUGGCGAUUAAGAAUCGACGCAGGAGGGCGGAGUGGGAGAUGGAUUUUUCAUCAACGUAUAUGUUGCAUGCUUUUGCGCUGGGCGAGUAUCAUAAGUAUGUUAAUCCCAAGACGAUACUGAGUCGUAAGAGCAAUUUUGGGAUUGCGACGUAUGAUACUGUUAGGCAUAUGGCGGAUAUGGGGUAUGUGGGGGAGCAUGAUGAGGAGUAA